UUGAAAGAUUACGCGAUGUUGAGCGUGAUGACGAGCGGAUCGAUGUAUCUCACGAACGCGGCGUUGAGUUACAUCAACUACACGACGAGAAUAGUCGCCAAGUGUUCAAAGGUGAUACCGGUGAUGAUCGUGGGGACGUUUAUGCACGGUAGACGGUAUGGAUCGGAGGAUUACGCCAUGUGCGUGUUACUCGUGAUUGGGAUCACGAUGUUCACCAUGGGUGAUGUGGAUUCGUUUCCGAAUUUUAAUUAUCGCGGGGUGACGUACAUCACCAUCGCGCUGUUCACGGAGAGCACGGCGGGGAAUUUUGAGGAACGACGCUUCUUCAACAUUCCUCAACCAAUCUCGCACUGCGAGGUGGUGUUUUACGUCAACGCUAUCGGAAGCGCGUGGAUCGCGCUCGGUUUGUUCGCCUCGGGCGAGCUCUUCACCGCCGUCGCGCACUUGCUCGGCGAACCCGACGUGCUCGCGGCGAUUUGCGUCGCCGCCGCCUUCGGAUACAUCUCCGUCACGUGCAUCUUGCUCUGUCUCCGUCACUACGGCGCCACGAACACCGAGGUGAUCAAAGCCGUGCGUAAGAUGCUAUCUUUGGCGUUAUCACUCGUGGUGUACCCGAAACCGAUG